GCCGUGGCCGGUGUUCCCGGGAGAGGGGCGGUCGGCUCCGCCUGCGGCCGGCCGGGUUGUCACGGCCGCGAGCUCGGAGGACCGCCUUCGCCUCCCCGCCGGGCUCUCGUCCGGCCUCCCCGCCUCAGAGGCCUCGGGCCGGCGGCGGCCCCGCACUCAGCCGGGCUCGGAUGGGCGGCGGGAGGAGCGGCCUGGGAUGUUCAGUCUGAUGGCCAGUUGCUGCGACUGGGUCCAGCGCUGGCGUGAGCCGGUCAGAAAGGUGACUCUUGUGAUGGUGGGACUUGAUAAUGCUGGUAAAACGGCGACGGCGAAGGGAAUCCAAGGAGAGUAUCCUGAAGAUGUAGCUCCUACUGUUGGAUUUUCCAAAAUUGACCUGAGACAAGGAAAGUUUGAAGUCACCAUCUUUGACUUGGGAGGUGGAAAAAGAAUUCGGGGAAUCUGGAAGAAUUACUAUGCUGAGUCCUAUGGGGUAAUAUUUGUUGUGGAUUCCAGUGAUGAAGAGCGAAUGGAAGAGACAAAAGAGACGAUGUCAGAAGUACUAAGACAUCCUAGGAUAUCGGGAAAGCCAGUACUGGUGUUGGCAAAUAAACAAGACAAGGAGGGGGCGUUAGGAGAAGCUGACGUGAUUGAGUGUCUGUCUCUGGAGAAGCUGGUGAAUGAGCACAAGUGUCUCUGUCAGAUUGAACCUUGUUCAGCAGUCUUGGGAUAUGGAAAGAAAAUUGACAAGUCCAUUAAAAAAGGCCUUUAUUGGCUGCUACAUAUCAUUGCAAGAGACUUUGAUGCCUUAAAUGAACGCAUCCAAAAGGACACGACGGAACAGCGUGCUCUUGAGGAGCAAGAGAAACGAGAGAGGGCUGAACGCGUGCGGACACUGCGGGAAGAGAGAGAACAAAGAGAGCGUGAACAGGCUGAACUCGAUGGAACCAGUGGUCUGGCUGAGUUGGACCCAGAACCGGUUAUUGUUAAUCCUUUCCGGCCGAUAGCAUCUGUAAUCGUUGAGAAUGAAAAAAAGCUUGAAAAAAAGAGGCAAAAUAUGGAGAAAGACAGUGAUGGCUGCCCCCUGAAACACAGAGUGGAGCGUGAGCAAAUAGACACACACAGCCAGGUCAGAGACAGCAGCCAGAACAAUGACGAGCUUGGAAUAGCAGAAAAUUAUCAGGAGGCAUUAACCCAGCAGUUGGAGAAUGAAGAUGAGACAGACCAGCGAUCAUCAGAAUCAGAUAACAGUAAAAAGAAAACUAAGAAGUUAAGAAUAAAAAGGAGUCACCGUGUGGAACCUGUUAAUACUGAUGACUCUGCUCCUAAGAGUCCAACACCACCCCCACCUCCUCCUCCUGUUGGCUGGGGAACCCCCAAAGUCACUAGACUUCCAAAACUCGAGCUUCUUGGUGAAACACGUCAUAAUGAUUUCUAUGGGAAGCCACUGCCUCCCGUGGCCGUGCAACAGAGACCCAACAGUGAUGCUCACGAUGUGAUCUCAUAACCAAGUCACGUGGAUGAGCACUCUCAGUACCAGCAAGAACUGCAGGACCUUCUUCCUCAAAGAAGAAAAACCCUGGACACUGAUGACUGGGCAGGAUGACCAUAGCAACUCCCGUGAGGAGAUUAAUAGCCCAAGACGACUGACCUGAUCAUUACUUAUCCGUGUUCUUCAUGGCUGAAAAAAAAAUGGAAGGAAAAGGACCAGCAGAUGGGAUGAGCAUUAAGUCAGCGAAAGUUAGCGUCGACCCUGGUCUAUGCAUCCCACUCACCGGCAUGUUCCUGAGGGAAAAACCUCUUCAGAAGAGCCAAUGGACUCUGCACACUUUCUUUACUGUUUGUCUAAUAGUCUCUGUUUCUGUAUCUUAAACAUUUUUGUAAGAUACAUGUGCAUGGAAGGGGAACUCUUGGGAAUUUAUAACCUAAAUUUUUAACUUUUUAUAUUUUUCUGAAACUUUUGUUUAAGAAUUUUAAUUACUAUGAUGUUGACUGUGCACUUUUCUAUAGAUGCUUUGUUUAAACUGUCUGGAAAAUGGAGUUGAUUUACUUGACAAACAUGAACUUUACAAACAUGAUAUAUUUAUAUGGUUUGAGGUAUGUUUUAUAAUAGUAUUUUUCUCUAAGUGUACGUCCUAAUUGCACUUAAUUUUAAAAUAAUACCUUUUUAAAAUAGAUUCUCAGAUCUUUAUUCUACCAAAUUAUGUUAUUUGACAGCACUACCCAAGGACAGAGUUCAAUUUUUUGUUGUUUUCUUUGGUGAUGAUCCCAAUGAAUGAAAGAGACUUGAAAUACCUUUUGACCUAAAUGCUUUUUAAAUUAAUAAAAAUGUUAUGUGAAAUAUUAUUAAAAGUCCCAAUAGACACCUCUUUCAAGGUUGGACCUUUUGGGUCCAAGAGCUCCUGUGACUCCCUGUUGUCUCAGAAGCUGCGGUGACUUCAGGUCAUUCUGAUCCUUUUGUGCCUUGCAAUUAAAGGCAAAAAGACUGGAAAGUUUCUGUAGGUCCAGAGACGUGUUUUACAACCGAGAGAUGCUUGGGUACUACAGUAAGAAUAAAAAUGUUGGUUUACAAUUAUGUUUAUAAAGAAAUAAUUUCAGCAUAAAAUAUUACUUCUCUUGCACUGAAGAAGGGCAUCCUCCAGGAUUCUGUAUUCAUUUGGCAUUUAGACAAACUUUGAGAGUUAAUAUUUUGAGAAAUAGAUUCAUAAUGUUGCAUUUAGUUGAAAGCAUACAUUUAUAUCAAGGAGAAAAUACGAUACGCAGUGUGGUUCCUGUAUCACUGUGUUGAAAUCGGCCGUUUGCUACCUUGUACCGACCACAGACGCACCCUGGAAUCUGACAGUAACAGGAUAGGUACAUCUAAGGCAGUUUAAUGUGAUCAUUUACUUUUAGAAUUUUACUUCAGAGCGUCACAUCUUAUUCACAUUUUUUAACUCAUUCAACUUUAAUUAAUCAGGUCACUUAACUACCCUAGUCAGCAUCAUACGCGGUUUCUUGGAGUUUUGUACAUGGACCUACCUAGCACGCUGAGUAACAAGCAUCCUCCUUCAGAUAUAAAAUUCAUAACAACCUGAAUUUGACAGGUGGCUGAAAUGUAAGGAAAAACAACACAAGGAGACAGAAUGUAAAUUUUGAACUAGAGUUUAGACAAAAAACGUGUUUGCACAUCUUGUUGGUUCUUUUUGUAACAUUUACAUUUAUUCAUUUUUUAAAAAUUAAACAUACUUUUGUCAUCUUAAUAUUCAUCUAGUUUGAGAAUAAAUAUGUUUUUAAAAUUUAUUUUCCUACCAGUGAUGACUGCACUGCAGUGUACAAUAAUUACUGAGUCCAUUUAAUAAAAAUGUUUGAAAUAUAUGACAAAGUGGAAUGUUUUAUAUAUAUAUCUCUCAAAAAAUUAAUUUGUUAUCUUAAAGCAUUCUAAAAAUAUUCUAAAAGACAUUUUGUAAAUCUAGGUGGCUUUUAACAAGUAAAUGCCUAUUUUGUUAUAUGCUGCAUUUUUAUUCUUAAUCAUCAUGAAUUAUGACAUUUUUCACACAAUAAAAAUAAUUUAUA